UGAGCUCACAGCAGGCUCUGGGGUCACAGCAGGCUGAGGUCACAGCAGGCUCUGAGGUCACAGAGGUGCCAGAGCCCCGUGGUUGCACAGCACCACAAGGAGCCAGCAGUCAGUCCUUGAGCACAACUGUUGCGGCAGCAGCGGCGGUGGCAGCAGUGGUGCUGACAUUGGGACAGCGGUGUCAGGACAGUGGUGGCAGCAAGAGCUGGGGACUGGCAGAGGGCAAGGCACCAUGGCCCUUGCUCUGCGCCUCUUCCUCCCGCUCCUCCUGGCCGUGGCCCUGCCUGCCAGGGCUGCCCAGGCUGCUCCGCUGCAAGCGCGGGGAGCAGCUUGGGAUGGCGACAUGGCUUAUCCAGAUGCCCUACUGGAUGACAGCUUGGAGAAUUCUCUUGGAGAGAUUCUCUUGGAGAAUGCUGGAGGUCCUUCUCCAUGGAAGAACAUGGAUACAGGAGACAAGAAAUCCCUGGAGGCAGCCAAACAUCUGGACCAGAUGCUGAGUGAUCUGGAGAGACGCCGUGAGAUGAAGCGAAAGGCUGUGCUGAAGGCAGCAUUUCCUGGAGGAAGCAGUGGCCCAUUGGCAGCCCCUGCUGCAGGAAGUGAGGCGAUGCCAGGCACAGUCACAGGAGCUUGGGAUGGCGACAUGGCUCAUCCAGAUGCCCUAUUGGAUGACAGCUUGGAGAAUUCUCUUGGAGAGAAUCUCUUGGAGAAUGCUGGAGGUCCUUCUCCAUGGAAGAACUCAGACACUGGAGACAAGAAAUCCCUGGAGGCAGCCAGACACCUGGACCAGAUGCUGAGUGAUCUGGAGAGACGCCGUGAGAUGGACCAAAGGGCUUUGCUGAAGGCAGCACUUCCUGAAGGAAGCCGUGGCUCUGUGCCAGCCCCCGAUACACGAAGGGAGGAGAUGCCUGACAGUGCCACAGAAGACGUUAUCACUGAAACAGGAAUAUUUGCCCCGGAUCCAGUGCGCCUCCCAAGAAUUGUCUGCCCCCAGGAUGUGCGCAGGUCCUGCAUGAUAGGCACGGUGGUGACACUGUUCACCGUGCCCCUCGUGCUGAUCGGCUGCUAUCUUGGCAUUCGGAAGCUGUACCAGAGCAGACGGUCAGUUGUUGAUUUUUCUCCACAGCUUUCUUGUAACUCUGCUCAUAGCAUUGGUAGCCUGACUCGUAGUCAUGCUGCACUGGAGCUGUGGCCAGUCCGUGGUUGUCCAAAGAACUCUGCUGAGGGCUCUGCUGCUGCCCAGUGCUUUCAUUGGCCUCUUCAUUGCUGGGCCUUGUCCUGGGGGGCCCGCUGGGGCUGCAGCCAGUGCUGGCUCCCACUGAGGCUGCCAGGCCAAGAGCAGCCCCGGGGGCACAGGGCAGAGGCAGGGCAAGUUCUCAACAGUGUUUGGGCCACACAGCUCAGGACAGGACAGUGCUUAUUUAGUAGCUCAUGUAAAGUUUCAUGGUGACACUGAUGUUACCAGACAAGCAAAUUUGCUGCAGUUCAGUGUUCAAACAAAUCCAACCUGAUGAAGGUUUAGCUUUGGCCUUGAGGCUUUGCUCUUUGUGUGAGCCCUGUUCUGGAUUGAUUCCCACUCAGUCUUGGAGCCUGUUUUGGGUGAAGGCUCAUCCCGGCCCUGACCCUUGGCAGUUCUGGGCUCAAAGGCACCGCCGAGGCCGCACUGCACGUGACUGGGCUUCAGGGCUCCAUUAGCAAAGGGCUUUGAGAAGUUUAAAUUACUGUAUUCUUACUCUUUGGUUUUCUUUAUGGAAUUCCUUCCCUUUUUUUUAAACUUAGUUUUAAAAAAGCAAAUUCUU